UACAGAGAGCCAAUUUUAGAGCGGGGCUGCUUUCAGACGACCACCUGCUGCAGUCUCUCACUGAGCUGCAGCCUGUGGCGGAGAGGGGACGGUGGAGGCACACAAACGGGAGCAGUGUGUCGGGGGUCUGUCAGCGGAGCGCUGUGAGAAUGUCAGGGAACAAACAGCUACCAAACCUGGCGAUCAUUAAAGAACUGGAGCUCAUUUUGGAUUCCUGCGCACUUGAGCUCACACCAGUGGAUGAAGUCUGGCCUAACUUGUACAUAGGAAAUGUAGCUGUUGCACAGAAUAGAAAGAGGUUACAAAAGCUGGGCAUCACUCAUGUCCUGAAUGCAGCGCACUCGAAGCAGGGCAGCAUCGGAGACCAGAGUUUUUAUGGGAACACCUGUGUUUACUUUGGCAUCCCAGCAGAGGAUUCAGACCACUUUGAUCUCAGUCUUUACUUCAAACCUGCGGCUGACUUCAUACAUAAAGCGCUGAGGAGCAAAGACGGUAAAGUGCUUGUCCAUUGCAUCAUGGGCAUGAGUCGAUCAGCCACUCUGGUCCUGGUGUACCUAAUGCUUCGACAGCGUCUCCCUCUCAGAGAUGCCCUGAGGAGAGUCGUCCAAAAACGAGCCAUUUACCCCAACAGGAACUUUUUGUCUCUCCUCCUUAGACUUGAUGAACAGCUGGCUUUCAAACGGGGGUUGUGUCCUCUUCUCUGACAUUUGUCUCUCUUUUGUUUCAAUCCAUCAUUUCAGUUUUUACCUCGAGACCUGUCUCUUUCUUUGGGUUACUCUCCACUUCUAUCAGCUCUGAACAAUUCUGAAUAAUUCUUUGUAGUCUUUGGAGUGGUUGGAAUUUUAUUUCUGACAGUGUUGAAGUGACCUUAAAUUCCAUGUUUGUGUUUCAAGUUAAACUUCUGGGUACAGAGACCAUUUUAAUGUCAUAUAUUGUAAAUAUCUAUGUAUCUUAUUUCUUUGAGAUUGAUUUUUCAUAAUCCAGUUAGUAGUAUAAGGCAUGUGCACAAGCUUUGUACACAAAUAUUUGUUGUAAAUUUCUAUUAAAGUUAUUUUAUUGUGUUGUCAUGGUAAUAUUUUGACCUAGAUAUAUGUAAAAUAAGCUGACCUGUCUUCAAUAGUGUUUGCAGAUCAAUUUUUAUAUACUUACCAAUCACGUUAUUUGAUAAACAUGUUUAGAUGGUCACGCAGAUGUCUAAUCAGUGAAUCAGAUGGCAGCAACUGAUGCAUGCAUGAUCUGCAGAAGUUCAAAACCAGCAUCAGAAGGGAGAAAGAAGUUGAUUUAGGUGACUGAAUAUGCCAUGGUUGUUGGUGGUCAUGUUAUUUAAGCCAAAUUUCUGUUUCUGUGUAACUGCAGGGCACCCCUGGAAAAGAGACCUCGGUCCCAGUGGGUCCUCCCUGUUAAAAUAAAGGAUAAAUAAAAACCCUGACCCCACCAUUAGAAUGUUGGAGCAGAAAUUGAGACUUAACAACUUUACCAAUCUGCUUUUGUCCAUUUUUGGUGAGUCUGUGUGAAUUGUAGUCUCAGUUUACUGUUCAUAGCUGACAAGUGGCACCUGGUGUGGUCUUCUGCUGCUGUAGCCGAUCUUCUUCAAGUUUCAAUGUGUUGUGCAUUCCCAGAUGGUCACAACGAGUUGUUACUUAAGUUAUUGUUACCUUUCUAUCAUCUCAGACCAGUCCGGUCAUUCUCCUCUGGACUCUGCCAUCAACGAGGCAUUUGGCCCAGAAACUGCUGCUCACUGGAUGUUUUCUCUGCUUCUCACAAAUCUCUGUAAAUCCUUGGAUGAUUGAGCACGGAAAUCCCGGUAGAUCAGCAGUUUGUGAAAUGCUCAGACCAGUCUGUCAGGCACCAACAACGAUGGCCCAUUCAAAGUCACUUAAAUGUCCCUUCUUCUUCAUUUCAACUUUAGAAAAUCAUCUUGACCAUAUUUACAUUCUUAAAAAUGUCAACCUUAUUUAGAUAUUUCUAGGUCAAACAGAGGGGAAAUUGUUUCCUGAUCUCUGGAAAGUUUGAGCGUCAUAGAAACUGCAGCAUACUUCCAUCAGCUCUCACAGACAGUAAGCAGUUCUUUAUUUAUGGCAGCUUAUUACCAUCCUCAUCAUUGGAUAAGGCCAGUUUGCAUGGAGAUGGAGGUGUUUUUUCCCCCAACUAGCUACAUAAUGGCUCAGCUUCUCCAGUGUGUAUGUGUUGUGGCAGUCCAACAACACAAUAAGUGGAGCAUUAAAGCUGUUCCUCUUGACUGAAUUACAAAGUUAAAGAGUGCAUUUUUUGUGGAUCUUUAACAUAACAUGAUACAGCCCACCAACCAUGCACCUAACGUUUAUGCAGAGUCGGUGACUACAGCUGACUAAACAACAGUUAAACUAUGAUUUCACAGUGAAUAAUUCUGACAGCAAUGUAUGACACAUCUCCUGUAUUGUCUCUGUUAAUAUGAGCAUGGAGAACUGCUUUAAAGAGAGCUUACUUUGAUGUAGAGCAGGUGUAUCAUCUCAUCCAAAUACGUUUCACUGUGGGCGGGUUUCAAAGUCUAGUUGUUUUCUGGUGUAGGUAGCAGAUGUGUCCUGGCUGACAGAUCUCCCUUCUGAUAACAUGGUACAUUGUGAUUGGCUGUGAAGAUGUAUCCAAUUUUUAUUGGCUGGAAGCUCACACUGCUGGACAGUGAACCUAUUGGUUUUGUACGAAGCUAACUUUGAAAGCUAACUUUAGAGUCGUAAUGUUAUUCAUACCUUGGCAUUCUGAAUUACCUGCUUUUAGUCCUCUGUAUGUUUAGAGGCGAUGCUGAGGGUGUGAAAAACAUCAUUUUGAUUCAAUUAUUUUCUUUCUAUGACAUCUACAGUGUCUUAAAGGGCCACGACCCCCUGUUUGCUCUUGCUGUAUGUCAGGGGGAUGAUGUCUAGCAGAAAAUUUUUACAAAUGAGAGGGAAUUCAACUUAAAAAAUGAAAUUUUGUUGAUUUAUUAACUAUAAUUUUUCAUUACAAAUAUAUAUUAAAUAACUAAAAUAUUAGUUUUACUUACAAAAGAAGGAUCUUAAUGAAAAAAUCAUUACUUACAGUAAAAAAGUAAUAGGAACUUUACAUAAAAUCUGUCACUUCAAGUAAAAAAAAAAAAUCUACCUUAAAAUGAAUUAUUUAAUUAUUUACCUUACUAUCAACUUGGCCACAGUUGUUGCCGUAGUCAGCAGUGUUUGUGGCGUCAUGGGAAGGCACAAGCCCCGGGACAGAUCUGGAACCUACACCAGCUCAACCUGGGUGUUUCAUCACUCUCAGCUCUGACAUCUGAGGUAAAUAGAAUGCAGCAGAGGUCCUCGGAUGAUGAUUCGGCAGAACAUUUGGGGAUUUUACAGAAAAUCUGAUUUUUUUCAUGCCACCAGUUUCAAACCAGUACACCGAAAAAGUCUUCUGAGAGGUAUCAAAGACAAUUGGAGCAACGGUGUGGUGUGCAAAUCAAAACAGACACACACACUGCCAAUUAUAGUAAUAAGAUAACAAAUAAAAUGAGGGAAUGAAUUAAAUGCUUAAAGAUUUCUAUUUAUCACUAUUUUGCUAUGAAGGUUACAGUCAUCUAAAGCGAGGGUCCCCAAACUUUUCAGCCUGUCACCCCCGAAAAACAGUGCCAGAAACUGGAGACCCUCACUCUACCUGAAGGUACAUGAAGCAGAGUUCAACACAGCCAUGCACAUUCAAGAACGGACCUGUGCAGACUUACAUUUUAGGGAUUUUUCAAACAUUACCUUCAGCAUCUAAGUCUUAAAAAUCAACUUUUUUUUUAUUUAGAUUUGACUAAUUUUAUGCAUAUUAUAUUUAUGAAAAAAAUACAAUUUGAAAUCAUUUAAAAAUAUUUGUUUUUGGAAGACAAAGUGGUGAGCCCCUCUUUAGGAACCACUGAUCUAAAGGACAAUAAAGAAGGUACUGCAUUUUUCUCUUAAAUCUCUUGUUAUGUUCAUUUGAAAUUGAAAAGUAGAAAUAAUUCUCAAAAAUGCAGCUGUAGUUAGCAUGACGCUGGUAGUUGUUACUCAUAGGUGACAUUUCUUACAGCAGCAGAGCAGCAGAGUGCUUUCAGCUGUCAUGUUGUAACUCAGACACACAUACAGGUCAGUCUCGUGUUACAUAACAGUCUGUGGUCAUGGAAACUCAGCCAGAGAGCUAAUGUUAAAGUUCAUAGGAUGCUGACACAUUCCUACCAAUGCAAAUAAACAUUGACAUUACAUAUGUGUGUGUUUUCCAUACCUGAUAAACACAGUCUGAAGGAUGUUUUGUCCCCAGUGAGUGUAUGAUUACAGAGUUAUUUAAGGAAACGGUCUGUGUCUGUUCAUAGGCAAAUAAGAGCGAGCCUGGUCAGAGGGGGGUUUGGACUUGUGAGAGCUGCAGGAGUUCCUGCUCGCAGACAGACGACCAACUGGACACGUAAAUCAAGUCUGGCCAAACGUUUUCAUCGGCAAUGAGGUAGCAGCUCGGGACAAGGCCUUGCUCCACAGUCUUGGCAUAACUCACAUAGUAAAU